AUAUUGUCAUCGGUGAUGUUCAAUUUUGUCAUGGAUUAUCACAAUUUAUCGAUUUAUAUAGAAAGUCAAGAAGACUCAGUCUAUCUCACGCGUCAAAUUUCUUGAAUCAUUUCAGUUGGUCAGAAACUUGGUUUCUAGACAAUAAUAUUGACGAUAAAACUGUCGGAUAUAUAAACGAUCAACAUCAUGAUUAUCAUCAGCAAUCGUCAAUAAUGGCGUAUCAGGCAAAUAAUAAUUCGAACGUCGCGAAAUCUCCGAUUGAUUUAUUGAAUUCACAUCAACAUGAAUCUGUUGCUAAUGAAUUACAACACCGAUCAUCUAUACGGAAAAGAACAGCAGAAUUUGAUUUAUCAUCUUCGAUGAUAGGCAAUAAACAUCGUCGUACACUAAUGCAAGAAAAUGAUCAAUAUCUUCAAGUGAUUCCUGAGACUCAUAAUGCUAUAGUCGAAAGUGAUCCUAAUAAUCAUCAACAAUAUUUGAACAUUAAUUAA